UUACUCAUCACCAAGACAAAUUCCCAUCUCUCUCUCUCUCUCUCUCACCCCGCCCCAUCUCUUUCUCCUCCAUUUUCAAGAGAAAUUUUGUGAGGACUUGGCAAAUCGGUUAGAGGGAUUGAGUUUUCAGCUUAAUCCAUGAAGCUUACAGGCCUAGACCCCUCUUGGGGUCGUGUAUGGCCUCAAAUGGUUAUGGCAUUGGCCUUUGUAGUUGUUGUAAGCAAUGUGGGUUCAGUCUCUGGUGAUGCUUAUCCUUAUGCUUCACCACCACCACCACCUUAUGAGUACACAUCACCUCCUCCACCUGAGCAUUCUCCACCACCACCAUAUGAGUACAAGUCUCCCCCACCUCCAGAGAAGUCUCCUCCACCUCCAUAUGAGUACAAGUCUCCCCCACCACCCGUGAAAGAACCAGCACCAGCACCAUAUGAAUACAAGUCACCCCCACCACCAGAACACUCUCCACCACCUCCAUAUGAGUAUAAGUCACCUCCUCCACCAGUACACUCCCCACCACCACCAUAUGAGUACAAGUCUCCCCCACCUCCUGAGAAGUCUCCACCUCCUCCAUAUGAGUACAAGUCUCCACCACCACCCGUGAAAGAACCAGCACCAGCACCAUAUGAAUACAAGUCACCCCCACCACCAGAACACUCUCCACCACCACCAUAUGAGUACAAGUCCCCACCACCACCUGUACACUCUCCUCCACCACCAUACGAGUACAAGUCCCCACCACCUCCGGAACACUCACCACCACCAUACUACUAUAAGUCCCCACCACCACCAGAGAAAUCUCCUCCUCCACCUUACGAGUACAAGUCCCCACCACCACCAACAAAACCAUACAAGUACUCAUCCCCACCUCCACCACCAUAUGAGUACAAGUCCCCACCACCACCUGUACACUCUCCUCCACCACCAUACUACUAUAAGUCCCCACCACCACCAGAGAAAUCUCCUCCUCCACCUUACGAGUACAAGUCACCACCACCACCAACAAAACCAUACAAGUACUCAUCCCCACCACCACCACCAUAUGAGUACAAGUCCCCACCACCACCAACAAAACCAUACAAGUACUCAUCCCCACCUCCACCACCAUAUGAGUAUAAGUCCCCACCACCACCUGUACACUCUCCUCCACCACCAUACUACUAUAAGUCCCCACCACCACCAGAGAAAUCUCCUCCUCCACCUUACGAGUACAAGUCCCCACCACCACCAACAAAACCAUACAAGUACUCAUCCCCACCACCACCACCAUAUGAGUACAAGUCCCCACCACCACCAACAAAACCAUACAAGUACUCAUCCCCACCUCCACCACCAUAUGAGUACAAGUCCCCACCACCACCUGUUUACUCUCCACCACCUUACUACUAUAAGUCUCCACCACCACCACCACCACACUACUACUACAAAUCUCCACCACCACCACCCAAGGUUCUUCCUCCAUACCAUUACACGUCUCCACCUCCACCAAUCCACCACCACCCAUUGAUUGUCAGGGUUGUUGGAAAGGUCUAUUGCUACAGAUGCUAUGACUGGGGAUAUCCCAUCAAGUCACAUGACAAGAAGCAUCUUGAAGGUGCCGUAGUGGAAGUGACAUGCAAAACUGGCAAGGAGGAGAUCACAGCAUAUGGUACCACCAAGAACAAUGGCAAGUUUGCCCUCACAGUCAAGGACUUUGACUACAAGAAGUAUGGUGCCGAAGCAUGCAAGGCUAAGCUCCACGCUGCACCCAAAGACUCACCAUGCAACAUCCCCACUAACUUACACUGGGGCAAAACUGGUGCCAAGCUCAAGGUCAAAUCUAAGAACUCAUAUGAAGUUGUGCUCUCAGCCAGGCCAUUUGCUUAUGCUCCCAAGACUCCUUACAAGGAGUGUGAGAAGCCAGUCACUAAGCCUCCUCCAUACGUGUACAAGUCUCCACCACCACCAGUCCACUCUCCUCCACCAUACUACUACAAGUCCCCACCACCACCACCAUAUGUGUACAAGUCUCCACCACCACCAGUCCACUCUCCACCACCGUACUACUAUAAAUCCCCACCACCACCAACAUACUUGUACAAGUCCCCACCACCACCAACAUAUGUGUACAAGUCUCCACCACCACCAGUCCACUCUCUACCACCGUACUACUAUAAAUCCCCACCACCACCAACAUACUUGUACAAGUCCCCACCACCACCACCAUAUGUGUACAAGUCCCCACCACCACCAGUCUACUCUCCACCACCAUACUACUAUAAAUCCCCACCACCACCAACAUACUUGUACAAGUCCCCACCUCCACCUGUUUACUUAUACAAGUCCCCACCACCACCAGUGAAAGCUCUUCCUCCACCAUAUGAGUACAAGUCCCCACCACCACCAGAGAAGUCUCCUCCUCCACCAUACUACUACAAAUCCCCACCACCACCAACUGAACCAUACAAGUACUCAUCCCCACCACCACCACCAUAUGAGUACAAGUCCCCACCACCACCUGUACACUCUCCUCCACCACCAUACUACUAUAAGUCUCCACCACCACCAGAGAAAUCUCCUCCUCCACCUUACGAGUACAAGUCCCCACCACCACCAACAAAACCAUACAAGUACUCAUCCCCACCUCCACCACCAUAUGAGUACAAGUCUCCACCACCACCUGUACACUCUCCACCACCACCAUACGAGUACAAGUCACCACCACCACCAGAGAAAUCUCCUCCUCCACCAUACUACUACAAAUCUCCACCACCACCAACAGAACCAUACAAGUACUCAUCCCCACCACCACCACCAUAUGAGUACAAGUCCCCACCACCACCAGUGAAAGCUCUUCCUCCACCAUAUGAAUACAAGUCCCCACCACCACCAGAGAAAUCUCCUCCUCCACCAUACUACUACAAAUCCCCACCACCACCAACAGAACCAUACAAGUACUCAUCCCCACCACCACCACCAUAUGAGUACAAAUCCCCACCACCACCAGUGAAGGCUCUUCCACCACCAUACGAGUACAAGUCACCACCACCACCAGAGAAAUCUCCUCCUCCACCAUACUACUACAAAUCCCCACCACCACCAACAGAACCAUACAAGUACUCUUCCCCACCUCCACCACCAUAUGAGUACAAGUCCCCACCACCACCUGUACACUCUCCUCCACCACCAUACGAGUACAAAUCCCCACCACCUCCGGAACACUCACCUCCACCGCCAUAUGAGUACAAAUCACCUCCCCCACCAGAGAAAUCUCCUCCACCACCGGCCUACAUUUAUGCAUCUCCCCCACCACCCACUCAAUAAUAAGCUUGGAACGUUCAGCCACGUGCCAAUACCAAUUAUGUUUUAGUUUUAAAAAUGCAAUAAAGGGCUCAGUUAGUGAAAGAUAUCGAGAUCAAGCAUCGAAUCCAGAUUUGUUAAAUAAGGGUCUGACUGCACCAAUUGAAUGCCACCCUCUAUGCAGUAGUUCAGAUCUUCUCGUACCUACUACUUCUCUAGUGGCCAUGUUACACAUUAUGCUCUUAUUAUAUUCUGGCUUGGGAGGCUUCCAAGAGAGAAAAAGCUGGAGUAGGAAGUGGGGAUUCGAAACGUAACUAGGAGUUGGAUGUGCGAGCCUGUCAACGUUUUAAUAUUUUUUUUAAAUAUCAGAGGGCGUUCAUAUCUGGUAGUAAAUUAUAUAAACUGUAUAGGGUAUGGCCUUGUUUGAUUGGAGGUUCUAUUCUAUUUAUUAUUAUGUCAAUUUGUUUCUUUGAACCUCUUGUGCUUUGUGCAUUGAGAUUAUUAUCAAUAAAAGAAGACAGUUCUUUCAUAA